AUGACAGACAAAAAAAUGAAAAAGAAGGCUCAACGUGCCACAAGUAAUGUUUUUUCAAUGUUUGAUCAAAAACAAGUACAAGAAUUUAAAGAAGCAUUUAAUCUUAUGGAUCAAGAUCGUGAUGGUACUGUUAGUAUGGAUGAUUUAAAAGAAGUAUAUGCUUCACUUGGCAAAGCACCAAAAGAUGCCGAAUUAAAAGCUAUGCUUGAAGAAGCUCAAGGUCCAGUUAAUUUUACUACAUUAUUAACUUUAUAUGGAGAUCGAUUAAAUGGUACAGAUGAAGAAAUGGUUAUAUUAAAUGCUUGGAAAAAUUUUGAUGUAGAAGGAACUGGACAAAUAAAUCAAAAACAUUUACGAGAAAUUCUUAUAGGCGAAGGACGUCCUGAAGAUCGAUUGACCGAUAUGGAGUUCAGUCAAAUGCUUGAUGGUGCCCCAAUGGAUCCUAAAGGCAAUCUUGAUUAUGCCGAAUUUACCCGACAGAUUAAACGUGGCAAAGAAGAUGAAUAA